AUGUUUGACUCAUUAAUUCAUGACAUCCUGGUGGCUAUCAGCAACUUGGGUGCAAGGCAGGAGCUGCAAACACUAAAUCAGUUUUUUCAUUCAUGGCUGCAACCAGAAAAACACAGCAAGGAGGAAAUUAUCUCCCAGCUGGUUCUGGAGCAGUUCAUUAUUAGUGGAUACUGCAAAGACAAGACUGACUUGAAAGAGAAAUGGGAGUCCAGUGGCAGAAGCCUAGAGAAACUACUGGAAGUGCUGACAGAUGACUGUGUGAAGACACCUGACUUAGUCCAUGUCCACAUGCAGGGCCGAGAAGCCCUUUUCUCUGAGCACAUGCCCUUAAGAGAAGUCAUCUUUCAUUUCAGAUUCAGGUCCUCCCCUGAGCUCAACCCUACUCACCAGAGCAAUGACAAACACCAAGGAAGAUCCUCCCAAGUUCAGAAAGUGUACAAGUGUAAGGAAUGUUCCAAAACCUUUGCAUAUCUCUCUCGCUUUCUGGCCCACCAAAGAAGGCACAGGAACGAGAGGCCAUUUCUCUGCGCUGAGUGUCACAAAGGUUUCUACCAGGCAUCAGACCUAUGAGUGCAUCAGAUAAUUCACACAACAAAGAAGCCGUCUGUGUGCAGCAGAUGUGAAAAGUCCUUCAGCCACAGGACCAACCUGCAGGCGCAUGAACGGAUCCACACUGGGGAGAAGCCCUACACCUGCUCCCUUUGCCAGAGAAGUUACCGCCAGUCAUCCACAUACCAUCACCACCUGAGGAUUCACCAAACACAUCGGACCCCCACCUCCUGCCCCAAGUGCAGAGACAGCGGGCGCCUCCCUGUCCGUGUCGAACACUCAGAAGUCACACUGGCUGCAUCACCUCGGGGCCAGGCUCUGCGUUUACCCCACGAACACCCCACGCCCGGGGACGGUGUCCCCAGCCCGGCCCGCGCGCCCCGGCCCCGCUUCUUCCUGAACAAAGCCCCGCCAGGCUUUCCCAACGCCUCGUGGUCCUCCGCUGCUGAGCACCAGAGCGCCAUCUUUGACAGGGAACUACACUUCCCAGAAUGCUCGGUGCUAACCCCCGUGCGCGUGAGCCAAUGA